UCAAUCCGACAAGUAAAACCAAAAAAACAAACCAAUCCAAGAUGUUCAAGUUCGUCGCCGCCGUUGUCUUCGCUCUGUUUGCCUGCGUGGCCGCCAAGCCUGGAAUCGUCGCUCCUCUGGCCUACUCUGCUCCGUACGUGGCCUCGCCGUACGUGGCGUCUCCGUAUGUGGCAUCUCCCUAUGUUGCUGCCCCAUACACCGCUGCCUAUGCCGCCCCCUACACCGCCGCCUACGCAGCUCCCUACACUGCCGCCUACACAGCUCCCUAUGCCGCAGCCUACACCUCCCCUCUUCUGCUCAAGAAGUAGGUUUCCGGAAGGAUGGCCAACAUCGGAGGAUAGCAGAUUGACACUAGCAAUGAUACUGAAAUAAACCCGCAAACAAACGAA